GAAAAGUGAAGAGCGAAUUGUUAGAGAAAGAAACAGUUAAUCCAGAAAUCAAAGAAAGGAGUUAUUUGACGUUCAGUAACAAAAAUGGCAGCAAGAACUGGUCGCUUGCUUCAAAACCAAAACCUCAAUGUCCAUGCUAAUGGAUCUGUUUCUGGGAAGGCAGAUUUACCAGGACAGAGGAAAGGUAGAGCUGGGGGAAGAAAACCACUUGGAGAUCUAUCCAAUGCAGGGAACCUCACCAACCAAUUUGAUGGAAAGAAAGCCCAUGAUGGUUCAUUGAACAUUGGCAAACCCUCUGUUAAUCAGGCACCGAAGUUGCAGAAGUCAAAGAAUCUUGAAACUGAAAAAAGAAUUGCCAACAAAGCUUCUGGAAAAUCACUUACUGGUAGCAGGAAAGCACUUUCUGACAUUUCAAACUCCGGGAAGCCACAAGGUCCUGAGAUUAAAAAUAAACACACCCUGAAACCUAGUUUGCUGAUAGAGGAAUCUCUUCCUCCCAGUGCAAUUGCUGAAGAACGGAUCUUGCAUGAUCAUAAGAAAUGUAUAAAAUCACAGGUUGAAACUGCAGAUGUGCAUCACUUUUUCAAGACUGUUGGACUUGAGGAUGAUGCAGAUGAUCACAUGGCAAUAUCCUUUGAACUGUCUGCAAUAAGUAAACUGAAGUCUGAAAGUGCAUACUUGGAAUUGGAGGAGGUACCUGAGCGGUUGCCUGAAAUGCAGUCUCUAUCUGCUAUGCAUGGUUCCCCAGCAAACUGCAAGACUCCUGGCUUAUCGAGUUACCGUACAAUGUGGAAUGACUCUACUGUCAACUUCAAGUUGAUUGAGACACCAAAAGUGUCCAAAAAUUGAUUUCUCUUGCAACAAUUUAGGACCUGAUAUGAGUAGGUAUUUUUGCCACAGAUGGUGUUGGCAAUGGAUUGUAGUAUUUUUUGUUCAUCUUUGAUAUUUUGUGCCUCCGAUGUAUAAUUGUUGCGCCUUUUAGUAGACAUGUUCAUAGUAUGUUGUAAAGGUUUACUGUUCUCCCUAAUUCAUUCCCGUGAAUGUUCUUUUUCUUGGAGAUCAGUGAAAUAUUGAAGUUCUUAUUCUUAUGCGCGCAAGUUUUUGUUUUUGGCAUUUUUUAAAGUUUUAG